GAAAGGGGAGUGAGAGUAUCACAUCUUCCACCUCGCCUCUGCCGAGAGAGAGAGGCCGACAGAUCCGUGCCGGCUGACGUCCAGAUAAUCCGGCACCGACCGUCGGCAAACACCAGAUCCCGUACGCUUUCUGUGACGCUACAUUGGGUUGUACUUUCUCGGAUUGGAGGAGACGCUUGCGGGCGAGAUGGGAGUUUUGGGGGAGGGUUCGAGGUGGUGCUUCUGCUCGGGCGGGGGGAGAUCCGAGAGGAUGAAGGACAGCAUAUUCUCGUCCAAAGGCCUCGCGCUCGCGUCCAUCUCCGUCGCCGGAGGCGGGGGCGGCGGCGCAGGCACUGGUUUCCUCAUCCACCGUAACCUCCUACUCACAACGCAUGCCCGUCUCCCUUCUGCUGCGGUGGCUGAGGCGGCCGAGAUCCAACUCUUCCGUGGCUGCGCUGUUGGCCGCCUCGUCCCUCAGAGAUUUUUCAUAACGAGCUCCGUUCUCGAUCUUACUAUAGUGGGACUUGAUAUACUGGAUGACGAUUCGACCUCACAGGUGCAACAACCCUUUCACUUGAAGAUCUGCUGCCACCCGAAUCUAGAUUUGGGCAAUUUGGUUUACCUAUUAGGGCACACAAUGAAAAAGGAGCUGAAGAUUGGCGAAGCAAAAAUAGUUGUAGCGACCGAUAAUCUCAUAAAGUUGUCUACAGAUGGUGUGCCAUGGUGCCCUGGAUCUGCUGGUUUUGAUGUUCAAGGCAAUUUAGCUUUCAUGAUAUGUGAUCCCAUGAAACUUGCAUCGUCUCCCACCAGAAGAUCGCCUCCAUCUUCUUCGACAGCUUUGUCACUGAAGAAGGAUACUUCCACCCAAUUUGGGAUUCCCAUUUCGGUCAUAUGCAAUUGGUUGUAUCAGCAUUGGGAGGGCAGUUUGGAUGAGGUUAGCAAGCCCAAGUUGCCUGCAGUUCAGUUGAUGUCUACGGGACUGAAGACACGGCGUGUCUCCAAAGUACCUGAGGAGGUGAAUGAGGCUAUCACGCUAUCCCCACCUGCAGACCGAAAAUAUAGACAUCAACUUGGGCCAAGUUGCUCGUCAAACUCUAAUGCUAUAUUUUGCCCUGACGAAGACCUGGUUAUGGACUUGGAUUGUAUCCAUGACCAGGGGAUUCCUACUCCAGAGAUUUUCGAAUCGCCAAAACUAAUUCCUGGACCGAUUCAAAAGAAGGAACGAGCUCCGGUGCAGCUCUUGGACAUCAACUUCCCUCCCAAGGUCUCAAGGUCGAUCGUUUUACCUCUGCCACUUAAAAAAUUAACUGACCAAAACAAUGUCAAAGAGCCUACAAUUGCAAAGAGAGAAAACAAGUUUUCAUCCGACAAUGCAUCGCAAGUGAAUGUUAAACCAGAAUAUAAGCUCCCACCUGUUGGUACUUGGCAAGAUCACUGCAGUGACAUGCACUCCUCUUCAUCUCCAGAGGCAUUGAACGAGUGGGAGCAUUGUAGUAGCGAGAAGCAAACCAUGUACUCGGCUGAGACAAUGGAGAGUAGAAAUAUACCCAGUGCCAAAGAAACCAAGCUUCAACAGGUGGGCAGGAGCAGAAGCUGUGUCAACUACAGCAGAUGGUCCUCAACGACAACAUCAGCAUCCAAAGCUGCCGUGCAGAAGCAGCACCUUGCCUCGCAAACUGCAAGGAAGACACGAUCGCAAACAUCAGUGUCGGCACAAGGGAUCCAUGAGUAUUACAACCCAACCGUCUCAUCGAGCAUGAAGAAGCAGAACAAUUCGGUGAAUCAGAGGAAGCUGCCUCAAACUGCUGCUCAUACGUCUCCAAAAUGGAAUUUUUGACCAUUUGUUGACAAAGAGAAAUGAGAACCACCACUCGCCGCUGUUCAGUGAAGCAGGAGCUUAGUUGUGUUGCAUCUGCGAAUAUAGUAACUAAAUUCUGUUCUGAAUUUGUAUGGGCUAGUGUUGUAUUGAAGAAGUCAACAGAUCCAAAAUUAGAAUGUAACAUUUUGUGUUGAAGAACAAACUGUUGUGCGAUAAAUAUAGUUCAAAACCAUAAAAAAUAAUUAUUAA